UAACACUACUUCUUCCUAUUAAACAUCCAAUGUCUUUCAAUUUCCCAUCCUUGAAGUCCAUCCAGGACACCAUCUCCAGUUACGACUUUGAGAAGAUCACCAAGUCUACUGAGAAAACCUAUCAAGGCCUUAGUAAAACCAUCCAACCUUUCACUCACAAGACCCAAGAGUACCUCCACAAUCAGUUACACCAAAUCCAACAAUUUGCCAUCGCCAACCCCAACGUCGAGGUGUCUGAGUUACCUGAAGACUACUUACAGUUGGAGGCCAGCUGUGACUUGUUAUUAAAGCUCUACACCGACUUGAUCCAGUUUACCACUGAUACUUAUGGUAAGGUCAGUUACGACUACCCCCCUGCCAACAAUUCGUUGGUUAAGUUGAGAGAUAACGUGUUCACCGGCAAGUUCAAUCAGUUGAAGAAUGUAUCGUCGCCCCAGGAAUUGGAAAACUUGUUGUUGGGCAAGGAAGAAAAGAAGGAGCCAGUCGAAGAAGAUUCUGCUAACGUCCAGGUAAUCGAUGUGCCAAAGACGUUAUAUGGGCAAUUGUCCAAGAUCUGUGGAAAGUACCAGGAAGAAUUGAAAACAGGUGAUAGUCCUUUGAACUUUGCCCUUUUGCAAAUCAGCGAGGCGUACUUGGAGCUUGCUAAUGGUCGGUUGGUUAUGGAUCAAAAGAUCAUGGCCAGCUUAAACCAUAAAUUGGUGGAGAUAUUGAACGAGGAAUUCAUUAAGGUGACUGAAUUGCGUAAGUCGGUGUAUGCAGCCCGCCAGGAGUUCGACUUGAUUCGUGCCAAGAGUGCUGGAAGUGAAGAGGAAGAGGAGGAUGAUGAGUUGAUCAAGAAGGAAGACGAAUUGGUGAGUGCUACUGAGAACGCUGUGAUUGAGAUGAAGCAAUUGAUCCAACCCUCCAAGAGCGUCAAUUUGUUGAAAGUGUUUGUGGAAGCCCAACGUGAGUGGUUUGAAGCUUCUGCCAAGCGGUUACUGGCCUUACUGGCCAGUUUAGACAAAAUCUCCUUCAAGGACGAAGAGUAG